UAUUAGCUCUUACAUAAUAUAUAUGUACGAGUUUUGUAGCAGCUGGUGUUUGGCCCAUGUUAAUGAAUAUUACCUGCAAUGGCUUAAUGUGUGGGUAGUUGAAAUAAUAUUCCAAUGUCCUGUGUGAAUCUUAUUCCAAUGUAUUUUUAGAAUAUUAAAAGCUUGCAUUAGGUUCUUGGUGAAAUAAUAAAUACAACUCAUGUAUUAAUAAGUCGUAAUUGAAAUUCACGCACGGUUUUGAUUUCCUAUUUAAAGAUUAAAUGUGCAAAAAGGGUUAAGGCCCUCUUGUGGUCGGUGUGUAGGUAUAUGAAAACGUUACUUCUUUCCCUGAAAUUUUCGAGCGAAUUAGUACUAAAGCGGGAAGAAUUUUCGAAAAAACAACAUACGUCCAAAAGUAGAAGGUACGCACAGGGCUUCCGCGAGCGCCUUAACUGUUCGAUUCAAUUUAGUUUUCUUUUUUAGAUAAAAAUUAUUUCGUUUUUUUGCAAUAACUACAUAUAUGUUCAAAAGUAUUACAACAUCACAUUAGAAGUUUUAUUUAUAAUCGUAGAGUAGAGAGGUAUGAGACAGAUUAAUUAGCGUGCUAAGUAUAUUUUGUUUUAAAAUAUCUUUGUGUAUUAUUCAUCACUGCUUAAAAAUGUACGAGUAUAAAGUGCUUGGUACACUUGGUAGGUAAUAAACGUAUAUUAUAUGUGUUGUUGUUUGUAAUUAUGUCAUAUGAGCUUUCAUAUAUUUAUUAUAUAUGUAAAAAUAAUUAAAUGAGUGCAGGAUGGUAAUCGAGCUUAAUUUGAAAGGCAUAUCUAUAUAAUACGUUUAGAAAUUUAAGAUAAGAUUGUCAUAAUAAAUGUUUUGGUUGUUUUAAGUAAGGAUAAUAAAAGAUAAAUGUGUCCAUUUUUAUCAGUUGUAUUUUUAAGCUUAUUUCAUAUCAGGUUCACCUUUUUAUUGAUAUAAACUUAAUAUGAGUGCAAUUGUGACAUUAAAUUGUAUGAACGGAGAACGCAUAUUAGUGUGACAGUAAUUUUACCUAAUACUUAAUAUGGCCAAAGCUUUGAACGGUAUUUAAGUAAUUUUUCCGUAACAGUGAACAAAUUUGUAUUAACAAUAUUGUACCUCACUUUAUUUUAAUUAAUAUGUUAGUAUUAUUUACACAUAUGCCAUUCCACGAGAUUUGCUCAGUCAACAAUCAUCAUUGUAUGUUUGAUUGUUGAGCAAAUCUCUUGCAUUAGUUGUUUCCUCUUGAAAUCUUACAAUGAAGAAAACGACUACGAAGGGAUCAACUCCCGAUAUAAAAUCUACUUUGCAGAAAAAGGUUUAUAUAGUCUCACGAAGUUUUCUGAAUAAAUCGCUGUAUGACUAUCACAGACUUUAAUAUAAAUUAGAUCUGCUUUAGAAAUAAAAUAAUUUUUAUCUAGUUUGGAGCACCUCUUUCUCUUCCUUAAUUGCGUACACUUCACCGUCAGGUGCAAGUAGACUUUGCGAUGAUCUAUUUCUUAGGAUGAUGCCUCACUUAGAGGCAAAACACGUGCAUAAUCAAUGGUGAUUUGUUUCUGUUUUCUUGGUAUUGGGAGUAGGUAUUGGCGUAGGGGUUAUUGGUGACGGUGAUAGUGCAGGUAUAAUUCAAGUAGGGAGUGGGUUAGUGUUCAAGAUAGGGAAGACACGUUAUAAAUAUUUUUCACGCGAAUCUUACCUGAUUUAUUUUAAACAGAUUUGAUUUAUAAAUUUUUCGCAAAGUAACGUCUGAUUCUAUUAAUUGCCAUUAACAUUAGUUGGUCUCGUUAGCUCGAAUGACAAUAACCACAAUAACCGUCCACACUUUUUUUUAUUAUCUUUGUCGCACUUUUCUGACGGACUCAGCAUAAAUUAAUUAUGCACAAUAUAUUUCAAUAGGAUUUAUUAUAAUAAAAAAUAUGUUAAGUGUUAAUUAGAAAAAGCAAGACAAGUAAAGUGAUCCUGAUUAUGUAGAAUUGUAGGUUCUCUCUAUGCAUACAUAUGUAUAUAAUUACUCUAAGAACUAUACUACACGGGCGGUUCUGCCGCCGCGGGAACCCGCUUCUGAACCGCACUAGACUCAAUUUUAUAUGGACAUUGUAUGCCACAAACUACACUGCGCGGUUUCCCGCCGCGGUUUGCAGGCGGGGGAAAUUCGACCGCCGCAUGCAGCGUCAAACCGCCGCUGUUAACCGCCGUUUAAAACUACACGGGCGGUUAUCCGCUAUUGCGUCAUUCUGCGCGGGACCUCGCUCGCUCGUCGUGUGUGCGCUUGCGUGGCUAGUGGCGCGUCAAAAUGUUCGACACGGAGCGUUUUAUUAUUGAAGUACAAGAAAGACCUCCUUUAUAUGAAGUGAAGUCGAAGGAAUAAGCCAAUCGGGAAUUAAAAGCGAAGUUAUGGAUGGAGAUAGGACAGGAAGUGGUUGCUCAUUGGGCUGAUUUUGGCCCAGAAGAAAAAAACAAAGCUGUAAAGGACCUAAUAAAGAAGUGGAAGAAUAUAAGAGAUAGUUAUAAAAAAGAAGUAAAUUUAGAAACUAACACAGUGUCGGGACAAUCAUCUCCAAAAAAGAAACGAUAUAUUUAUUAUGAGUUGUUGUCCUUUUUACGCCCUAGCGUCAGUAUUGCAGAAGAACGUGAGUCCAACGUAUCUCCAAUACCUUCGAAUUCAUCACAAAAUCAGGAUUUUGAAGAAGAUAAUUUGAUGAGACCACCGCGACAAAACCGAGUUCCUACCAAAAGAAAGAAACAAAUGGAAAGUACCCAAAUUCCGCAAAUAACAAAAAUUUUGAAUGAAAGUUUACAAUUACAAAAGUUAAAUAACGAUAGUGACGCAAAAGGAAAUCGAGCAUUUCUUAUGUCCUUUGUACCCAUUAUGGAUUCCAUGACUCCUAAUUUGGCUAUGGAAACUAGAUAUGAAAUUACGAAUUUAUUCAGAAAUAUACAAAGAAACGAAAGAAACCGCAGUAUUCCUAGCAACUUGUCUGAGUUUCUUUACCAUAGGAACCAGGAGCCAUCUGCGAGUUCUGGGUCUAGAGCAUAUCACGAGGACACAUUAACUCCAAUGACUAGUAUCGCAUCGCCACAAAACGAUACUGAGUCGGACACAUCAACGGAAAAUGAUGAUUAUUUUAAUGUUCUGCAUUACUUACCCU